UCUCUGGGGACAGCAUUCUCGGAUUCCAGGGCUCUUUCUCGUCCAUUCGCUGCUGGCGCUGGAAGAAUGCGGCAGUCUAGGCGGUGAGCGAUAGAUUUCGGGAUAGAUUUGAUCGAGAGGGGAUUCAGGUCGGUGGCAGGCGAUGUCUUCCUUGGGGAAGAUCAUCAAGGACGACAAGCACCCGCUAUGGCUGAUCGAUGCUAUCAUUCUCUCUGCCGCGGUCUAUAGCAAGGACCCUGAGGAGGAGCUUCGUGCAAUGAACGAGGCGUAUGGCCUCCCUCCCUCCGCGCAGUACGAGUUCGUGCCCGAGGAGGAGCUGCGGGAAGCCGGGUUUGAGAAUUGCCGGCAGACGCUCGUCGUGGUGAGGAGCUUGACCGGGAAGCACGUCAUUGCAGCGUUCCGGGGUACGUUCGAUGUGAGCGACGCGCUCACGGAUCUCAAGUUUAUCCAUCGCACGCUCAGCCUCGGCCCCGGCGCCGCGCAUGCUGGGUUUUUGGACAGGGCCAAGACUAUUCCACUGGACUACUUCCGGAGGUUGCUUAUUCGAGGCGAGAACUUGGUGCUGGCCGGGCAUUCCUUGGGUGGCGCUGUCGCCUCGCUGCUGGGAUUGCGUCUGCUGGAGGCCACCGGACGAUGGUGUCACCAACAGCUCCAGUGUUAUACGUUCGGGUGUCCGUUCUUCGCCGACUACAGCCUCGCGAGGCACAUCAACGUGAACUACAAGCGCCACUUUGUGCACAUUGUUUCUCGUGACGACAUCGUGCCCAAGGUGAUGCCAGUGGCUUACAUGAUCUACUCAAUGUGGGCAGGCUUGCAAGCUGGUCCUCUCCAGGAAGUCAUGCAUCUCGGCAACCUGGCGUUUAUGGCAGGCCAACUUGUAAUGCGGCGUAAGAACUACAAAGUGAGGAUCUUCACAGUCUGUGCGCAAGCCAUAGCGUGGUUCCCUGGCCUGUUGCGGAUCGUACUUCACCGAGCUCUGGCGCUUGCACUGUCGCACCAGUCAGGAUAUGGAUACUACUUUGCCGGGAAGAUGGUACUUCUGGAUCCCGACAAAAGCGCCGUGGAGUAUGUCGAUCAGGAUUGCUGGACGGUCAGGCACCACCUCAACUUCCACUUGGGCGCGAUCAACGUCGACGUUGUGAAGGGCCACAGCCUUUUGAGCUACAUCGACAACGUCUUUGCGAUCCAGUCCACCGAGAUCGCUGCGGCCUCUGCCACGCUGCAAAAGCCAAACGGUUCCAAGGUGGAGGUGUGCACAGCGUCGCUCAACAUGCAGUUGUACAGUAAAAGCUCCUCCAGCUCCAGCUCGGUGCCCGUGAAGAGGAAGUCGCUGUGCAUGAUGGACACACUCGAGGAGGUGAGCGAUGAGUCGUCGUCGUCGUCGUCGGAGCAGGAGCCGCAGGAGCGGCAUUAUCGCCAUUACGUGAAGACUCGCGUAGGGACCUCUCAAACGGGGCCGGGGGAAGGCAUUCCCAGGCUGCUGCAACGGACCAAGACGGGGCAGAAGAAACAGAAGCACGCCAAGAGGGCCUUCAGGAGCAAGGUGGCGUGCCUCAUCUUCGCGAGACGCAUUCAAGAGGCGUCGUCCACCGCAUACAUACGGCGACAGGAGAGAAGGCGACCGUUCAUGCGGUUUCUCGUCAUCAACCUGGGGAGAGUGUCGAGAUUCGCGCACCAGUUCGAUUUCCUCUUCGUCUGCUCCUCCUUGUUCUACGUUGGCGUCCAAGUCCACAAGCUGUGGAGAGGCAAAUGAGCUUUUCCUCUCUUGGUUUCCUGACUUUGACGCAACACAAUUUUCUCGCUUAGACUAAGGUCACAAUCCAUUUGAUUAGUUUCGAAGUUGGCCGCAGAGCAAAACAGAAAAAAUGCCAGUUUGGAGGGGUGCUGGCUGAGUAAAGAUGAGAGCCCUGACUCUCACACACUAUAAAUGUGACGAGAGAGGGGGGGAGGAGGAGGAGGAGGAGGCUGGCUCAAUCAAAAUCAAGCACACCACAAGCACUGGCCGCGGCUGCGCACACAAGGACAAAGGCCCGCCGCAGACGAAAAAAGCGUCGAAACGACGACCCCAUUUUCGGCUCCACGGCGGCCCAGCAGGGAAAUGGAGGCCCGCGCCUCUGCUGCAACUCUGUGCUUCUUCCUGGCGAGAUCUCGACAAAAACAAAUAUCAAGACGUGCUUGCUCUUCGCGCCAGGUUCUCUCAUUCCAAGCACACACUAGCUUACGCAUCUCUUUCUUUCCUUUCCCAGUCACAGUACGUGGGCCAGUUUAGUUUGCUUGCUCUUUAACGAUUGUAUGGCCUUACUCUUUUGUAUCCAUUCUCUCCAGUGAUCUCGCUCGAGCCAUAGGCUCGUCAAGAGUAAACACGAGGACAAAGAAAAGGAUUAAGAGCGAAUGGAUACACUACUUAAAUGCCGCAAUAAAAAAAACAAACUGGAGAAACCAGAUUAAAGCCAAAAAGAGAGAAGAUUCGUGGAGUACAACGCACUGCUCUUUUGCUUUCCAAGCAUAUGCAUAUAACCUCCAUGGAGAAAUGAUACCGCAAGUUUGUUUCCCUUUCCUACCACUGCUGCCGCUUGAUUCACUGCGAAGUUAAAAAGGAGAAAAAGAAUAUAUAAUCUUCCAUGCCUUCUUCUUCUUCGAUCGUUAAGUUCGUAAGUUUCGUUGUGUGUGUGUCUGUGUGUUUGUGUCCAGCCAAGCUAUUGUCUUCUCUAAAAAAA